UCUUGGGGGAAGGCUGUUGGACUGACGUGUCAGCGGCGUCAUCAAUUAAUUAUCAAAUAGUGAAACAUUGCUGACUUUUGGGAGCAAUGUUUGCGUGGCGUAGAGUACAGAAUGAAGGGUCACUAUUUAAAAUGAUAUUCGUCACUGCGCUGUUAAUGUUUGUUCUACUACGGCCUGUGAUAAUUAGGAUUAGUUUAGCGUCACUGCACAAAGUGAUGGUCAAGACUGGAAAUGAACUCCCAUUUGCGAAUAAAUCUACUAGAUUGGACUCAGAGGUGGCGGAUGAUGUGCCAUGGCUGUUACACGCAGAUAUAUACGCUUUCUACAACCGGAAAACUGGAGAGCUAGAACAUCUAACAAACGACUCACUUCACCUGGACAUGACGGCUUACGUAGAAUACCUUGGGGAGUGUCUUCAGCGAGACCUACCUGUACUUGAGGAGGCUGACUACCCUCCGAAUGUGACCUCAGUGUUCGCUGCCAUGCGCGACGAAAUCCUUGUACCAUUCACCUGCCUCGUUUUCAUCUCCAAAGACACUGUAGAUGAAAGUGCUUGCAUCUUUUACAGAUGUGGCAGCUUUCCCGGCCUGGUGGAAGGUACUGAAGGCAAACACGGGACACGUACAAAGUGGAAAGACGAUCAAGGAGAGGAACAAACUGCAGAAGACGGAGAUUAUAAAAGAAAACUAGACCUGUAAAAAGUAUGAUCUUGGAUGAUGACUUUUAACAGUUGUGCUUUUAGAAAGUUGUAAGAUUGUAUUUAGAUUUUAAGGCGUUUUUUAACUGAGCUACAAUUAUCAUGUAGUUAAAUAUUUAUAAAUCAACCGAUAGAAUCUUUGCUGGGAUUGUACGAGACUUAAUAACCACGUAGAUGAAAAUAUUAAUCAGCACUUAAGUGAAAUACUCUUAAACCUAGUCAGUACUCGAAUGUUUUUUCUCGGCAUUAUUUGACACAAGUUUUUGACAAACUCAAGUGUUGGUAGUACAAGUAGCUAGUCCGGAAUGAAGGAAAUAUCAAUAAGACGGAUGAACAAACUGCCACUAGACGAAAACAGAUAACCCUCCCCCACCCCUAAAGACUUGAUCAAUGAAUAUUCUUGUUCAAUAUUUACAAAGAAGGUUUACUUUCCUAUCUAGAUUUAAUUCGGUGAACAAAUAAUAUUUAAAAUUGAUUCUUUUUCCCUUUGUCACUUUAUUAGGUUUUAAUUGAUAAGUAGUGAAGAUCGCUUAUUCUUAGUUAUAUCGGUUUCGACACUUCAACAAUAAAGAAAGUCCAGAAGUGUUUACAUCAAUCCUGCCACUUUAAGAGUUCCAGAACUUAUUUAAAACAAUUGUGUGAUACAAAAAUCCCACCAUCACACAGGUUCAUUCCUCAAUUAUAUACCUGGUUUAUGAUGUCACCUACCACAUUGAUUUUACUGAAUAUUAAAAAAAUAAUAAAAA